CCACUUAUCUCUCCUCCAACAGCCUCUUAUCAUGCCAUCUAAUAAGUCUAUUCAGCUCUUGGGUCUGGGUUGAAAGAACUUAGGGUAUUAAUAAAGUGGCUGACAAAGUAAUAAUAAAGGAGUCAGUCAGUCAUGCAUUUUUUGUUUAUUCUUUGUUCUUGGGAUUUUGUGACUCAUCCUCAAUUUGGACACAUAUAAUAAUCGACGUGAAUGCUGGUGAGUAAAAUUUGAUGGCUAGCUCACGUGAUAGAUAACACGACCAAGUGAAACAAAGUGAUCUGCUGAUAACAACAACAACAGUGAAGAAGUUACUGCACUGCAGCAGAGCAUUUGUGUGCAAGGCACGAGACUUUUAACAAGACGGAGCAGAGGGGAGUUAUCAGCAAAUCCACAAAUUGUUGUAAAAGUCAUCGUGCGUAAGUCGCCUGGCAGGAUGCGAAAGGAUGGAGACAGGAACAGCAGAUGGUCAGCAGCAGAUCCGUGAGUUUACCCCCCUCCUUCAUCUCCUCUCCCGAAUUCCCCUCAAGGCUCAGAAGGGGCUCACCACUCUUCCCCUCAACUUCACCUGCGUGGCCGCCGCGGGGGAGUUCCUUGCCCUCGGCACCAAUGUCGGACUCAUCUACUGGUUCAACAGGACUUCUCUAAGGUUGGACCGGCUCAAGACCGAGAACACGAGCAGUCCGAUAUCCAGCAUCAGCCUACUAUCAAGGCCAGACAUUCUCGUGGGGGCAGGAAAUGCAGACGGGGAGCUCAGUGUCUUUCAAAUACCUCCAGAGGGUCGCGUUCGUAGCUUCCAGCUCUCACAUAAGUCUCAUAGCUGCAAAAUAUCUGCGAUAGAAUGGAGCAGCAAUGGUCUUAAGUUGUUCAGCGGUGAUGUUAGAGGGGGCGUGGUCCUCACAGAACUCCUAUUCGAUACUGGGACGACAAGGUCACAAGCUCUUCUUCAAGAGAAGGGGGAGGAGAUUGUGCAGUUGAGCUACAGCCGGAAACAUCUCCUUGUAUGUUCUACCUUCCAGUCAGUCGUGUACUCACUGACAACAAAAGAGACUGUUCGGGUGGGAUCCCAAGCACGGAAAAUCCAGGGUCGUUUUGGUGGAAUCUUUCGGAGGAGACUCACAUUCACGGAACCACUCAGUCUUUACUCUGUACGUCCCGGAGGCAGGCUCUGGGUAGCAGACAGUUCCGGCCUUGUACAGCACACUAUUAAAUUCAAGGAUCUACUCCUUCUCGCUGAACAUGCAAACAUUCCAAUCCUCAACCCAGCUCGUCCUACACCAUCAUCAUCACCAUCGUUCGACUUUCAGAUUGGUCGCCUCCUCCCUUUCUCGUCUACUUCCCUCCUCACAUUUCACUCUGGUCGUCUUUACCUCCUCGAUCCCAUCGAGACAACCAUUCUUGGCGUCUGUUCCGAGCUCCAAGGGAUUCUAGAUGUAGCCAUUAACCAAGAAAAUACCAAGGAAAUAUUUGUGCUGGAAUCUAAUAGGAAUCUCAUCCGUCUUGCUCCGACGCCAGAUACAUUCCCAAUGACAAUUGCUCAGGAAGUAGGGCCACCGAACUUUCUGAGGGGUCGAAUCCCGCUUCCCAUCGAGUUAAGAGGCUUGGAGGUACCUCUGUCUCAAUUAUUGUCUUCCACCCUCAAAGAAACUUCCCGAUUCGUGGGUCCAGUCCACGCCUCUCUCGUCCAAGGGUUAAGACAGGUGUUUGAGGGGGACAUCAGUGAUGGAAUGACGUCAAUCCCACUCCCUCCUCCUGAUUCCCAGGCACAGAUGGCUCAAGAGAGUCAUCAGAAUGAUCAGUAUGGUCAUUUAUUUGGGGAUGGACUUUUAGAGGAGGAAGGGGUGGAUAAGUUUGGUCACAUCUCACAUCUGCCAUUUGACGACGUCCUCCUCCUGCCACCCACUUCCUCCCCCUCGACCUCUCUCGGAAACAAGGGGAGAAGGAACAAGAAGAAGAAGAGGCGAGAGCGAGUGGUUGAGGAGCCAGUGGUGGAGGCCGUCUUCCAGUCUUCCGGAGAUACCCACAGUCUCUCCAGCUCAACUUACUCUACAACGGCGUCGGAUGAAGAAGCAGGACAACUGAAUGGCGGUGGAAAAAGGAAACUUUCUGCCUUAUCGUCGUCGCAACAUAACCUGAUGACGACGAGGGAUAUCACCCUUGAUGAAGAGGGUUGUAAAGGGACGACUGCGCCGCUAUUAGUUCCGAUGGUGGCCAUGUCACAAAGCUGGAGUGUGGGCCAAGGAGCGGAAGAUGAAGUUCUGACAAAAGAUUUGGAGUCGAAGGAAGAACUUUUAGCAAAGCGACUGAAUUGGCCAGAAUUGCUUCCUAACUACAAGAGGACUUCCACAACAGGAGAAAAACAUAUAACAAAUACCCCGCAGCUCGAAACCUCCACUCUAACAUUGUCACUACCACAAAUGCAAACAGAUCUAAAUUCCAGAAUGGAGGAUGAAGGGUCAGACACUUUGAUCAAGACAUGGAAAGAAGAGGAGAAGGAGGAGGAAGCCCUUGAAGAAUCUCUGGAUAUUUAUACAAAGUAUAGAAAAAAGGGGGCAAUGGAAGAGGAUGACGAAACUCCGCCCCUUAGUUUUGGUCCACCCUCGUCCAUCUCCACUACAAAUAGUGUUCUCCCCUGUAGCCUCACGACCCUUCAUCCCCACAUUGUCGAAAUUGACGAGGGGACGCUGUCCUCCUCCAAUCCAGACUCACCCAGCACAUCAGAAGAGCUCGUGCCGGUUCGAGACAUGGUCGUAGAACCCUUGGCUUUGGGCGGAAUGAUGGACCAACACGACCACUGGAUUUCAUUCGAGGCUCCUGCUCCUCUCCAUUCCAUCACGACAUGCGACACGUACCUGGUGGGGAUAGAUAAGAGGAAGCGCGUCUACGUGGCCCAUCUGUCUCAAACCACAUCUUCCCUCCACUGGAUGGAGACCAGAUGGAAAGCGGACGCUAUCGCCCUCUCCCCCAGUGGUACACUCGUCUGGCGGCUCCUCCGUGGCGUUCUUUACUCCGCCCCAAACAUCAACGUCGCUAACCUACUUCUCGGAGUGAAUUCUCCAAGGACGACUUGGGCUCGUCUUCUCUCUGACAUCAGCUCCAUCUCUCUUUCCGGUCGUGAUAAUCACCCUGACGAUCCCUCCGGCUGGGUGGUGAAGUUGGACGGUUCCAUAUACUCCUACUCUGCACAGUCUCAAGUGUUUACAAAAUUGCCCACACCACCCACGCCCAUGUUCCACGUGGCAAUGGGAGGUUCUCGGCGGUUGUGGGGUCUAGGUGCGGAUGGACGCCUCUUUUGUCGGGGGCCUGAGGACGAGGAUUGGGUGAAGGUGACCAUGCCUAUCACCAUCACAUCUCUGGCUCCAGGCCCUUCCAACUCGGUGUGGGUUGGGGAUCAAGGUGGACUCUACUUUGUGGAGGAAGGGACGCAUCAAGUGUGGAAGGUCAGCCUAGGAGAAUAUCUCAACACUGCUUCGGGGGGUCCAUUGGACGGAGGGGGAGGAGAUUGCAGAAGCAUCAGUAGUGUGAGCAGCAGUAAUAGCAGUGGGUUUUCUCUGUCGUCUAUUCGGCACAAGCUGAGUGAUUCACUUCGACCAGACCGAUUGACGUCACUGGUUUCAAGGGCUGGAGGGACACAGAACAGUCAAAGUCCCAUAUUAGCUGCAACAACCUCAGCUCUUUGGUUUGGUCUGCGUGGCUCAAAUACACUUCAUCUGAACCAAUCUCUAGUCACAGGUCACCGAUGGGACAGCAUCCAAGUGCAUCGCCCAUGUCGGGCAGGCAACAGUUGGAAGAAGGUGCUAGGUGGGAGCAUCUAUCUGGAGGUAGGAGUUUUGUGGGUUGUUGACGACAAGGGGAAGCUGUUCUACGUGUCCUCUCCAUCAAAAGGACGGCGAGGAGAGGCAAUUGCUAUUGACCUACCAACGAGCAGUCCACUUUUGGCUGUCGUCCCUGCGCCAGAUGCCCUCUGGAUUCUCAACGAGGAGGGCAUUAUUUUUGCCAGAAAUAACAUUUCGAGCGUGAACCCUCAAGGGCAUGGAUGGUCCAGUAUCGAUCUCUCCUCCCAAGAGAACUUUCGCAUGGUCCACAUCUCAUGUGGUUCUGACAUCGCAUGGGGUUGUGACCAUGGAGGGAGAGUCUUCUUUCGUGUGGGAAGCCUGCGACCACCAUCUCCCAUGGAGCUAAUGUCUCCACCAUGGGUUCAAGUCCAGGACGAAACACCCCUUCAAAAUUCUACCUUCACAAAAGUAUACGUUGGGACGAAUGGGAACAUGGUUUGGGCACUUGACUCAAAAAACAAUAUCUUCGUUAGAGAAGCCGUCUUUCCCGACUUUCCCAUUGGAACUCGGUGGCUUCUUGUGUCGGGUGUGGAAGCGGUGUCACUUGCCCUCAGUGAGACGAGUGUGUGGGCUUUGACUCCGAAAGGAACCAUAUUCCGUCGUGUGGGAAUAUCCUCCUCCAACUUUGUGGGAGACUAUUGGAAGAGGGUGCCGGGGCCGAGCAUGGACAAUGUUCCUGUUCAAGACUUGACCGUUUCCCUUUGCGACCAGGUGUGGGCGUUGGACCCUGCUGGAAUGCACAAGCAUUGCGCAACAAAGCUCAAGUUGGAGGGGCAUUUGAGACAACCUCGUCAAAGGACGCUUCUCGACCCGGAGGACCGAGACUGGGUCCUGAUUGAAAGUUUGGACCUUGUUUGAUGUGACUGACUGAUGAUAAAUGAUGUUGCAUGAAUCGAUGUCGACCGAUGUAAAUCAAGAACCUCUAUUUAUCCAAGUACAUUCCUACGAGUCUGUGAUCAUUUUACGUACUACUAUUAUUACCACUAGUUUAUAUUAUUAAUUACUCCAGGGAAUAAUAUACAUUAUACUCACAGACUUUACAAAUUAUAAAGAAUAAUAUUUCAAAAAAGAACUGAAUUAAAAAAAGAUUUCAUCUGGA